AUGAAGUUUGGUAAAUACCUUGCGUCGAGGCAGUUGGAACUUCCAGAGUAUUCGGGCCAUUUUAUCGAUUACAAGGCUCUUAAAAAAUUGAUCAAACAACUAGCUAUACCAACUAACAAGGCAAGUGGAAACUCGAUCAACUCAGCGAUUAGCGGAAACGGGAGCUUGUCUAUUUCGGAAAUUCAGCAGUCGCUUAAGGAGAACAAAGCGACAUUUUUCUUUAGAGUUGAGAGGGAGUUGGAUAAGGUCAAUUCUUUCUAUCUCGAGAAGCAAGCUAAUUUGGCAAUCAACUUGAAUCUUCUUGUUUUGAAAAGAAAUGAACUUUUCGCCAAAUCAAAUGCGUUUCUUCACCAACAUUCACAUGAUGGGACUGCUAAUGUCGACUCCGCUGCAUAUUUGAAUUUCAGGAAUUCGAUUUCCUUUCUUAAUUUAUACCAAAACUUUAAGAAAAUCCACCAGGACCUUAUCCGUUUGCAACAGUUUAUCGAACUCAAUGAGACUGGGUUUUCAAAAGUGGUGAAAAAGUGGGACAAGAGGUCGAAAUCACACACAAAGGAAUUGUUCAUUAGCACCGCUGUUAGUGUACAGCCAGUAUUUCAUAAAAAUGAGAUCAACGAGUUGAGUGACUUGGUGACGCAGUCCUUAUUUGAUAUAGAGAGUAUUAUGGAUGGGGACUACACUUGUUUGAUCAACUACAGCGCUCACACAAAUGCUUCUUCAAUUGAUUCCGAAAGAGUAGAGCGGGACACAGCUGCAUCACUUCAGGAAAUACCAAACUCGCCAUCCCAGAACCAGACACCACCGUUUAUCAGACAAACCUCGAUUCUGAUCUCAACAAAUAACAGUGAAGUUGAUGAAUUGUAUUCCAGUUUUGUCAAUGUUGCAACCAUCAAGGACCCCGAUUUGUCAUUACUAGCUCGAUGGGUGGAAAAGCUAAAUGGGUCGCCAAAGCUUCCGAACGAGCCAUUCGAUGCUACAGUAAGAUACAAAGCAUCAAAAAUCUUUUUGUUAUCGAUCACCAACCUCAAGAUAUCGGACUCGUUCUUGGAGACAUUCUUGAAGCUAAUCAACUUUGAUAUUGACUUUACAUUUGUGAAUGAUGAUUUUAACAACAACAAGACUGUGUUUCAUGAAUGCUGCUCGAUGCCACCGGCCUCGACCCACAAUGAAAGCCACGUUGUCAUCAACAACGGUGUUAAAGUAGUAAACUCGAGCGAUUCAAUCAAUCAUUCAAGGAUAUUCAUUGUUGAGUACAUUAUGAAAACUUAUUCACCCCAGGAGGUUAGUAACUUGCUUCAAAGACGCGAUUUUAAUGGACGUACUUGUCUACACUACGCCGCGCAAAACAACAGAAGUGAUUUGUUAGAUAUAAUUAUUCCGGCAUUCCCCACCAAUCAUAUUGACGACCUUGACAAUGACUCAAUGUCACCACUUUUGCUAGCAAUUAAGCAUGGACAUUUGAAUAUCAUAAAAAAGUUGGUUCAGUUUGGAUCAAAUCCUUUCCCAAGAACCAACAAAGAAACACUCCAAUACUUACCAAUCAAUUACGCGUGCAAAUUUGGAAAUUACAAUAUUCUCGAGUAUUUGUUAUCAAAUGAGAAAUCGUCUGACUUGGUCAAAAUUUUAGUCAAUGAGCAAGACGUCGAAGGUCUACUCCCAUUACACGUUGUAUCUCGCGAGGGCCACUACAAGUUGAUCACAUUAUUGAUCAGAUAUGGGGCCGAAGUCAACAAAACGGACGGGUUUAACAAGUGGACGCCCAUUUUCUAUGCCGCAGCCGAGGGUCACGUCAAGACCACUCAGGAAUUGGUCAAGUUUGGAGCGAAGUUGGACAUAUUGGACGAAGAUGGGUUUAACGUGUUGUACUAUUGUGUUGUCGAAGGACAUGUUGGUGUUAUAAAUGAACUACUCAGCUACCAUCAAAACAUGGCCACAAAUAUUGAAAACCAUUUGAAUAUUGAGUCUAGCAAUAUAAUGUCCAUUCAAGGCGAUCCAAUCAGGAUGAGCGAUAAUGACGACUCAGAGGAUAGCGGUUCUAUGGAUAAGAACAAUGUUGACAGUAUUCCCGAUUUGCAGUUACCACCACCAAUUUUGCCAUUGAGGCGCUAUGGUCACAAUUUCUUGGAACAAAAAGUGUUGAUUGAAUUGAUUUUUCCUCAUGAUGACCUGUCGUUUAUAAAUUUGUUCAAUUCAAUAACUGAUUUGAAGCCAGGAAGAAUUACAUUGACGUCCAAUAUUUCCGAUAUUGUGCCGAGAAAUAUCUUGCUUCCCUUGGAGGAUAAAAAUCACCAUGGCGGAGCAAAUAAUAACAACUGUGUGUUCCAAACUGAUGUUGAUUCGUUGAACGAAUUUCGCAUUGACUUUGAGAUUUUCCCCAAGUUUGGUACCAGAUUAAUUGCCAAAACCACUGCCUUGUCAUUCUCGCACAUAGAUACGACAUCCCCUGAAAUAAGCUCGAUCGAGUUGCCUUUGUUUGAUUUACGAUUACGGAAUAUCGGCCAGUUGAAGUUUAAUUAUCAAAUAAUUUUCCCCUUUUCAGGAACCGUACUUGAAACUACCAAAUUUGAUACGUAUUGGAAGUCGUCAACAAGCAUUGUCAAGAACAAACAAACUUUGAAAUUGAACGCGGCAGGCGGGUUAUCGCCAAAUAACUUUUUGUCGCCCAAUGCAAAUGCUGCUGUUAAUGCAAGUGGCUUGAACCAGGGACCUAGUGCUCGUCCCGUACCAGUGCAACAGGAAUAUUUACCGUCGUCAUCCUCAAUAGUAACAGCUACAUCCCUUUCAGGUGAAUAUUUAAGAAUAAGGGUUUGUCUUUUGAACGAUGGGACGCCAGUCGUUUGCCCUCAUUGGUCCAUUGCCAUCACUGAGAAUAUUGAUCUUUAUUUGCCAAAUUUGUCUCUUGAGCAACUCAGUUCGAUAACUAAUGACCUAUUCGACUACUCCAAGGUCAUUAACGAUUUAUCAAACAUGACCGUAAAGGACAUAAGUUUGAUCAAAAAGUUGUUGAGAAUCAUAUACUUGCCAUUGGAUAUUGUUUUGGAAAUCUUGAGUCCUGAUAUAAACUUGAAUUUAGAGUUGGUGUUCCCAUCUUUUUAUGAGUUGGAGGUCUUGCCGUUUGUUGGAAACAUACAGAAAAACCUCAACAAUUUUAUUGAUUUUACCUUGAAUGACGUGUUUAACCACAUCAAACCUUUUAAAUCCAAAGAGAACCAGCCUUCAAGAUCAAUCAUCCUCCUUUCGUCAAAUUCUUUGAUUUGCAAAAUAUUGAAUUGGAAGCAACCCAAUUUCCCUGUGUUCUUGAUAAUGAAUGGAAUCACAUAUAGCAAUUCGUUGAAGAAAUUUGAGCAAAGAUCAACUAAUGGAUUAUUAAUUGACGAAGCUGUUCGAAACAAAGUUGCCAACAAAUCGUCUUCAUCGUCGACAGAAUUGAAUAACUACCAGGAGCUAAUUAUAAGAUCUAUCAAGGAAGCAGUCAACUUUACUAUGAAUAAUAACUUGUUUGGUUUGAUCACUUCAAUUCACUUGCUUGAUCUUGUUCCCAAGUUAAUCCCUUUGAUUCGGAGUAGAGGACUAGUCUUGGUUGCAUCGAGCGAUACCAAUGAUCAAGAUGACGCUGAAGAAGAGGUUUUGAAACGGGAAUUGGAUUCUUACACCAAAACAGAAAUCAAUGGGUUGAGAUUUGACGAUGUGCUCAGUUUCAAACAAGACAUCACUAUAUAG